UCUCAGACUCUUUAAAGUUAAAUAAACGCCGUGGCGCGACUUGUGUUGCACGCAGAAUGAGGCAGAACUGAGAGCAGCGAACCAAGAGGACUCGAGCUAGACCUUUCCAGAAUGACGUCCAUUUGUCCAAGAUGCGAUAAGCCUGUGUUUUUCGCGGAGAAAGUAAGCUCUCUGGGGAAAAACUGGCAUCGCUUCUGUCUGAAAUGUGAGCGCUGCUGUAAGAUUCUGUCUUCUGGAGGCCAUGCAGAGCAUGAUGGAUUACCAUACUGUCAUAAACCAUGCUACGCAACCCUCUUCGGACCAAAAGGUGUGAAUAUUGGAGGGGCAGGGUCCUACAUAUAUGACACGCCUCCACCGACACCUGUUAAUAAAACGCGUAACAGCCCUUCAGAAGGAUCGCCGACUACUCCUUGGACCAACUCGCAGAUCAACUAUAAUCAACCUAAAGCCUCUUCUUCUCCUACACGUAUGUUUGCUGGAGAGACGUAUAUGUGUCCCGGCUGUGGAAAGGCAGUGUAUUUUGCUGAGAAGGUGAUGUCACUGGGUCGUAACUGGCACAGGCCUUGCCUCCGCUGUAUGAGGUGCAAGAAAACACUCACACCUGGUGGCCAUGCAGAGCAUGAGGGCGACCCUUAUUGCCACGUGCCCUGCUACGGGUACCUUUUUGGACCAAAAGGUGUGAACAUUGGAAAGGUGGGCUGUUACGUCUACGGAGAAAAUGGAGAGAAUGAGGUGCCAAGCGAAAAUUAAGUCAAACACUUUUUUUAUUGGUACAGAGAUGGUUUUUUUUACAUCAUUGUAAUCUAUACAGUGUUCUUUUACUGCACAGAUUAUGGUUGCUGCCAUUUAAGAAAACAUAAUACAAAGCGACAGUUCCCGUCCUAUAUAUGUACAUAUUCAUACACUCGCACAAACUUUCUUUCACAAACACAAAGUACACAGACUCCCAGCUUCUGUGUAAUCAUUCACAGGCCUGUUUAGUGUCUUAUUUAGAAGAAGGGUUGUCAUUACUACUUGAGAAAGCUGUAAAUCCUUUACUUGUGUAACUAAUAAAGAUAUUUUAAAAGAGC